AGAGGGGGUCAGGAGACCAGGCUGGAGUUGGAGUGGAGCCCGGCGCUCUUUAACUAGCGGGCAUUGCUUAAGCGCCCGCUGUGCGGCCUGGGCUCGCUGCCCUCGGGGAGCUGACUGUCCUAGGGGGCUUCUGCGCCUUAACGCGCAGCUGCCCGGGGAGCUGCUCCUUGACGUCAUCCGCUGUGUACAUUGCAUUGUGUAUUACGUGAUAUUUACAAGAAGCGCACCCCCACCUCCGAGGCCCCGAGCGGGAAGGCCCCUGUGUUAGGCAGGGUUUUAGGGUAGCGAGAGACGGGCAUCUCGCGGGGGGGAGCAGCCGGGAGCCGGUGUCACCGGACUAGUGCGACUGGCGAGGUGGCGGGGCUGGUGAUCAGGGCCUUCGAACGCCCAGCGGAGCGUUUGGUGUUUGCUCCUGGAGGCGAUAGGGAGGUGCUGGCGUUAAAUGAGAGUGUGUGUCGGGGGGAGGUGGGGUGACAGGAUCAGAUCUGCGCUUUAGGAACAUCAUUUUGGUGAUUGAAUGGAAGAUGUAUCGAAGUGGGGGAGAGACUUGAGGCAGGCCCCGCCCCCAGCAGUUGUGGUAAUAGUCCGGGUGGGAGAGGGAGAAGGGUCUGCACCAGAGUGGGAGCCCCUUCGGAGGAGAGAAGGGGCAGAUGUGACAGCGAAAUAUAAUCCGUGAUACUCAAAAGAACGGUGGACUUGGAGUCCGUGUUACCUGACACUGGCUGAUUUAUGGGACCAAGUCUCCCUCAGUGUCCUUGUUUGUAAAACGUAGGCACCUCACAAGGUUUCCUAAUCUCAGAGCAGCCCCUGCAUACUAGCUCAGGAGAUUAAGGGAGGGCACCGGGCUGUGUCUGACCCCUCUGGCUGUCUGCUUGCUGCCUCUUGCUGGAAAUCGUCGGAGCACCCGGUAUGCUGGCAUUCUCUCCACCAGCAUCCCCAGGAACAAUGCUUGUUUUCUGGGCACUGGUUCACUUAGCUGGACCAGAUCUGCAUUUCUUUUGAUGAAGGCAAAACCACCAUGAACUUCAUUGAGGCUGCGCUGCUGAUCCAGGGCUCUGCCUGUGUCUAUAGUAAAAAGGUGGAGUACCUCUACUCGCUGGUCUACCAGGCUCUGGACUUCAUCUCAGGCAAAAAGCGGAGCAAGCAGGCCACGUCUGUGCAGCCAGAUGGGCAGAAUACUGACGACAGCGGCGGAGCUCGCCCCGAACCUGAGGAAGAGUUUCUGUCCCUUGAUGACCUCCCCGACUCCCGGGCAAACAUAGACCUGAAGAACGACCAUUCUUCCAUCGCCGUGCCUGUCAUCCCCUUGGUGCCCAUGGCCCUGGUGCCCCCUGAUGAAGAGGAGAAGAAGAGCAACCCACUCUAUAGCCGCCGCGGGGAGGUCCUGGCCAGCCGCAAGGAUUUCAGGAUGAACACCUCCAGCCCCCACCCCAGCGGGGCCUUCCUGCUGGAGCCAGGAGGCCUGUCCCCAAUGGAGCAGAUACUGCCGAGGACCCAGCUAGAUGCCGAGAGGCCUGAGGAAAUGCCCAUGGAUGUCUCUGUGUGCAUGUCCCCGGCCCCAGUGCUCAACUUCUCCCAGGAGGAUGAUGAGAAGCUAGAGGCAGCACUACCUGAAGGUGAGGAAGAGGUGGGAGGAGAUUUGCUUCUUGACCCAGAGGCCCCUGAGGCCUGUCCACUGUCCCCAGAACCCGGGACCCAGCAGCAGGGUACCCUGGAGUCGAGUAGGUACCCACUCCGAGGCAGAACCCCAGCCACCACCCCCCAGCCAUCAGGGCACCAAAAGGAGCCCCCGGAUCCCUGGCAGAGCCUGGACCCCUUUGACUCCCUGGAGGGCAAGCCCUUCAAGAAAGGGAGCCCUUACUCUUUGCCACAGCAUUUGGAGACCUCAUCUGGCAAACGCAAAAGGAAGACCUCCAGCAGACUCCAGGGGUUUCACGAGUGGUACCUGGCUGCUUAUAGUGGCUGUGGUAGCUCCCAGAAACCUCGGCACAGAGGCCCCACGUUUGCAGACCUAGAAGCCCUCUACUGGAAGCAUGUCAAGGAGCAGGUGGACGCCCUGCGGAAGCUGCGGAGGGGAGAGGUGGCGGAGCAGCAGCCGUCCAAGGCCCAGGAAGGACUGUGGGCCCUAGAAGAGGAGCGAGUAGAGGAGUCCCCGGAGCACCUGGGAGGAGAAGACAGCUUCUUGGAGCUGGAGGACGCGGAGCCCGCAGAGCCGCUGGAAGGUGUCCCAGAGCCAGAGGCCAUCGGUCCGCUGAACUACGAGGAGCUGGUCCAGAGAAAUGUGGAAUUAUUUAUUGCCAACUCUCAGAAGUAUGUACAUGAGACGGAGCUGUCUCAGCGCAUCCAGGACUGGGAGGACACCAUCGGGCCCCUGCUCCAGGAACAGGAGGAACACGUUCCUUUCGACAUCCACAAUUACGGGGACCAAGUGGUAGCCAGCUUUCAGCAGCUUAACGAGUGGUGUCCCUUUGCGGAGCUGGUGGCCGGCAAGCCCGCCUUCGAGGUGUGCCGCUCCAUGCUGGCCUCCCUGCAGCUGGCCAAUGACUACACGGUGGAGAUCACCCAGAAGCCAGGGCUGGCCGAGGCUGUAGACACCAUGUCCCUGAGGCUCCUGACCCGCCAACGAGCCCAUGAGCGCUUCCAGACAUACACGGCCCCCUCCAUGGCCCUGCCCUGAUGGUGGGGAGCAGCUGCUUUUCUGUGUGUGUGUGUGAGAGACUGAGUCUGUUUGGGACUGGGCCCCCCCUUACAGCUGGUUUUUUCCAUGUUUUGUCCAAAAUUUGUCGCCUACCCUCCCUCCCUUGGCAACCCUGAAGCAGGGGAGGCUUUGCUUCUUGGUGGGUGCCUAGAUGGUGCCAGGGGUCUUGGGGGCCUGCCCUUCCUCAUCCCUGGUGACCAGAGCCUACUGCCAUGGAGGCCAGUGUGCCUGCCGCCCCCCCCCCCCCCAUAGCCGACCAUCUCAGCCCUAGUCCGGAGCUCUGAGGGCCCUUCCAGUUUGUUGUUUGUACGACAGAUCCGUUUAUUUCCCACUCCCUGCUGAGCGACAUAUGUAGAGCAUCGUUAUCAUAGAAUAAACGUAUCUGGUCGACCAGA